CUGCUGUGUCCAUUAUAGGCCCUAUUCUCCUGUCUGAGAGACUGAAGUGAACAACUGGACAUCUUUAACUUUGAUUCAACAGUGAACCUCAAUUCUUUCUAGCUUCACAGUGUAACUGAUCACUUACUAGAAUCCUGUGAUCUACGCUGAAGUUAUUCAUUAUCAUCAAAAUGUUUUGUGGGAACUAUGCGCAAGGAACCAUCUUUCCUGCUCCCAAUUUCAAUCCCAUAAUGGAUGCCCAAAUGCUAGGGGGAGCACUCCAAGGAUUUGACUGUGACAAAGACCUGCUGAUUGACAUUCUCACGAAACGCUGCAAUGCGCAGAGGCUGAUGAUUGCAGAGGCAUACCAGAGCAUGUACGGCCGGAACCUGGUUGAGGAACUAAAGGAGCAGCUUUCAUCGCAUUUCAAAGAGGUUAUGGUUGGCCUCAUGUACCCUCCACCAUCUUUUGAUGCUCAUGAACUGUGGCAUGCCAUGAAGGGAGCCGGCACUGAUGAGAAUUGCCUCAUUGAUAUAUUGGCGUCAAGAACAAAUGGGGAAAUUUUCCAGAUGCGAGAAGCUUAUUGUUUACAAUACAGCAGUAACCUUCAAGAGGACAUUUAUUCAGAGACCUCAGGACACUUCAGAGAUACUCUCAUGAACUUGGUCCAGGGAACCAGGGAGGAGGGAUACACAGACCCUGCUAUGGCUGCUCAGGAUGCAAUGGUCCUGUGGGAAGCGUGUCAGCAGAAAACUGGAGAACAUAAAACCAUGCUACAGGUGAUCCUGUGCAACAAGAGCUACCAGCAGCUGUGGCUGGUUUUCCAGGAAUUUCAAAAUAUUUCUGGGCAAGAUAUGGUAGAUGCCAUUAAUAAUUGCUAUGAUGGAUACUUUAAGGAGCUGUUGGUGGCAAUUGUUCUCUGCGUUCGAGACAAACCAGCCUAUUUUGCUUAUAGAUUAUAUAGUGCAAUACAUGACUUUGGUUUUCAUAAUAAAACAGUAAUCCGGAUACUAAUUGCCAGAAGUGAAAUAGACCUGCUGACCAUAAGGAAAUGCUACAAAGAGAGAUAUGGAAAAUCCCUAUUUCAUGAUAUCAAAAAUUUUGCUUCAGGCCACUAUGAAAAAGCACUACUUGCUAUCUGUGCUGGUGACAUGGAUGACUACUAAAAUAAAGAGAAGGAAGAAAAGGAAUCGAAGGGCUAUGCAUCCCCUUUCAUGCGCACAUCAAAGGACAGACUUUCUGCUAAAUUCAUUAUUAUUAGCACGAUAACAAAACUAUAGAAUCAUAUUUCUUUUCUAUCUUUAAAAUUAUUCCAAGACAAAAAAAAAUCUACUACUGGAAAUAUAUAAUCCUGGAUUUGCAUCUGUAUCAAUCAACAAUUCAGUAAAUUAUGCAUGAUGGAAUAAGAAAAAGCAUGCUAUUGGAAAAUUUUAUUUAAGGGUGAACUGUCAAAACCCUACAAGAAUGUCAGCUCAAGAUUGUCUUUGGCAUGUUUGGAGAGAUUAAUGAAAAUUCAGUAUGUCCUCACUGUCCUUAGAGAAAUUUUCUAGAAUCUUGUACAAAUGCAAUAAAGCUAAAAUGAGCACCUAAA